AUGGCAGCCAGUAUGAGUGAUGUGGAGAUGGAAAAUAUCCAAGCGAAUGUGGAACUGAAGUCAAUAACAGAAAAUUCAGGAAAGUACACUAUUGUGUCUGAGACACAAAAGGAAUGGAGUCCAGCUGGAGGGCUCUGCACUCAGCCUGUGGGAGUGAUUCAGAGUCAUGCUAGGAGAGCCUUUCAUUCCAGAAGAUCAUCAGUGAUUUUCCUCUGUCUCUGGAUUGUCACCCUGCUGAUUCUCAUCGCUGGACUGGGCUUCUACUUUUGGCAGAGAUCAAUACAUGUGAAAACAUUAAAAGAGCUUCAAGAAUCACACAACAAACUGGGACAAAAGAGACAGCAGUUGGAGAGCAGUACUGAGCAGGAACGACAGAGAUUCCUGGAAGACAAAAACAAGCAGCUGGAAAUGAAGCAGAAGGAACUGGAUGAGAAAAAUAAUGAAGUCUCUAAACUUAUCCAGCAGAGAACAGACCUGCAGAGUGAGUUGAAGGGUGUUCAGAGUCAGACCUCAACCCAAAUCUCUGGUGAGAACAAGAGUUUACCUAACUGGUUGCAGAAGCAACUGGAGGACAAGAACAAGGAACUGCAGAACAAAAUCAAACUUCUACAGGAUCAGGACACUCGGCUGAGAAAAACGACACAGCAACUAGAGGACAAAGAGAGACAACUUCUGGAUAAGAUCAAACAGCUGGAAGGCAAGAACACUGAGAACUCCAAACUGGUCCAACAGAGAACUGACCUGCAGAAUGAGCUGAAGGCGCUUGAGAGCAGGAGCUCAACGCAGAUCUCUGGGUUGCAGAAACAACUGGAGGAUAAGAAUAAGGAACUGCAAGACAAAAUCAAACUUCUACAGGAUCAGGAUACUCAGCUGAGAAAAACAACCCAACAACUAGAGGACAAAGAAAGACAACUUCUGGAUAAGAUCAAACAACUGGAAGGCAAGAACACUGAGAACUCCAAACUGGUCCAACAGAGAACUGACCUGCAGAAUGAGCUGAAGGCGCUUGAGAGCAGGAGCUCAACGCAGAUCUCUGGGUUGCAGAAACAACUAGAGGACAACAACAAGGAACUGCAGAACAAAAUCAAACUUCUACAGGAUCAGGACACUCAGCUGAGAAAAACGACCCAGCAACUUGAGGACAAAGAGAGACAACUUCUGGAUAAGAUCAAACAGCUGGAAGGCAAGAACACUGAGAACUCCAAACUGGUCCAACAGAGAACUGACCUGCAGAAUGAGCUGAAGGCGCUUGAGAGCAGGAGCUCAACGCAAAUCUCUGGGUUGCAGAAACAACUGGAGGACAACAACAAGGAACUGCAGAACAAAAUCGAACUUCUACAGGAUCAGGACACUUGGCUGAGAAAAACGACACAGCAACUAGAGGACAAAGAGAGACAACUUCUGGAUAAGAUCAAACAGCUGGAAGGCAAGAACACUGAGAACUCCAAACUGGUCCAACAGAGAACUGACCUGCAGAAUGAGCUGAAGGCGCUUGAGAGCAGGAGCUCAACGCAGAUCUCUGGGUUGCAGAAACAACUGGAGGACAACAACAAGGAACUGCAGAACAAAAUCGAACUUCUACAGGAUCAGGACACUCGGCUGAGAAAAACGACCCAGCAACUAGAGGACAAAGAGAGACAACUUCUGGAUAAGAUCAAACAAUUGGAAGGCAAGAACACUGAGAACUCCAGACUGGCUCAGCAGAAUGCUCACCUACAGAAUGAUCUGAAGGAGCUGCAGACUUUUGUGUGGAAGUGGCUUCGUAAAGCUGCAGUUGAUGUGACUCUGGAUCCUGAUACAGCAAACCCCUGGCUCAUCCUGUCUAAGGACAAGAAACAAGUGAGAGAUGGAGACAUAAAGCAGGAUCUCCCUGACAACCCAGAGAGGUUUAAUCCUGUUGUCAGUGUGCUGGGAAAAGAGGGGUUUUCUUCAGGGAGACAUUACUGGGAGGUGCAAGUUGGGGACAAAACUGAGUGGGAUUUAGGAGUGGCCAGAGAGUCCAUCAACAGGAAGGGAGACAUUUCAUUGAGUCCUAAUAAUGGUUACUGGACUAUCUGGCUGAGGAAUGGAAAUGAGUAUAAGGCUCUUGCUGAUUCCUCUGUGUCCAUCAACCUGAGUGUGAAGCCCCAGAAGGUGGGGAUGUAUGUGGACUAUGAGGAGGGUCAGGUCUCCUUUUACAAUGUGGAGGCCAGAUCUCAUAUCUACACUUUCACUGGAUAUAAAUUCACCGAGAAACUCUACCCGUACUUCAGCCCUUUUCUCAAUAACAAUGGUACAAACUCAGGACCACUGAUCAUCACUUCUGUCAGUCCAAUAGCAUGA